AUGCAGCUGUCGGGCCUCAUCCUCGCCGUCCUCCCGGCCGUCGCCUUUGCGCAGACCGCCACCACCGCGGAACUCUCGACGACGACCAUCACCUCCACCGCCAAGGUCACCAAGACGCUCACUCUCUCCCGCGUCCACGUCGUCACCGCCGCCUCCAACUCCACCACCUCGUCCACCGUGGGCACCACCUCUUACUUUACCUCCCCGACGCUGGCGCCCACCACCACUGGCGCCCCCAAGCCGUCCGUCAAGCCCGACAACGCCGCUGGCGCGCUCGGUGCGACCCGCGUUGCUCUGGCCGGUGUCGCCGGCAUGCUGGCCGUUGCCAUGAUGUAA